CACAAGUUAAUCAAGACGUAGACAGCACUUCAUCCUUCUUUCAAUUUUCUAUUAUUCUUUUCCUAUCCGGCUCCCCACUAUUUAUAUCCCUUAAGAGAGUAACAGUCCAGGCAGCAUUCUUCAUUGGUUCUUUACAAGCUCUUCUUCUUGGGACCAUUCUUCUUGUGUCCAUAUCUUUCAGUGCCAAAAACAUGGGUGAUAGGUUGCAUUUGGCAAUUGGAGUAAUGGGGAAUGCAGCUUCUCUGUUACUUUACACUGCACCCAUAUUAACUUUUGCAAGGGUUAUGAGGAAGAAAAGCACUGAGGAGUUCUCAUGCAUUCCUUACAUCAUUGCACUGUUGAACUGUCUCCUAUAUACUUGGUAUGGCCUACCUGUUGUAAGCUACAGGUGGGAAAAUUUCCCAGUGGUCACCAUCAAUGGCUUAGGAAUUCUUCUCGAAUUCUCCUUCAUUCUUAUAUACUUUUGGUUCACUUCACCUAGGGGAAAGAUCAAGGUAGUUGGGACAGUAGUACCUGUUGUCACAGUGUUCUGCAUCACCGCUAUUAUCUCAUCUUUUGUGCUCCAUGAUCACCAUCACCGCAAGAUGUUUGUUGGCAGCGUUGGACUAGUUGCCUCUGUAGCAAUGUAUGGUUCUCCCCUGGUGGUAGUGAGGCAGGUGAUACUCACAAAGAGUGUUGAAUUCAUGCCAUUCUACUUAUCUUUUUUCUCAUUCCUCACUAGUUUUCUUUGGAUGGCUUAUGGACUACUGGGUCAUGAUCUCCUUCUAGCGUCUCCUAAUCUGGUGGGUAGCCCCCUUGGCAUCCUCCAGCUUGUGCUCUACUGCAAGUACAGGAAAAGGGGAAUAAUGGAAGAACCAAACAAAUGGGAUUUGGAAGGAAAUGAUGAGAAAUCCAAACAGUUGCAGCCUGUGAUAAACAAUGACAGUAAUGGCAAGAUUUGAAGAAUUAUUUACCUGAAGGGGAAAUUCAUCUCAUGGGGUAAUAAAUAGUAAGAGCAACCAAUUGAAGUUGAGAAAGUGCAUUUAUUCUGUAACACGCUUCCUACAAUAAAUAAAGAAAAGAGAAACCAAUAAGGGAUUUCUAACCAAAUCAAA